CCACCCAUUUCACUGCUAAAGUAUCUCAAUUUUUUUAUAAAUGGAACAAUGAGCGUUAGCCUUUACUCCACACAAAAUCAAAAUGCAGAUUCAUCAUACUCAAACCCUAAUUUCUUCUCCUAAACCCUUCAAUUUAAUUCCUUUUUCAGUUAACAAAACCCCCAAAUUGAAUGUUGCAGCUUUGGGUAGUCGUGUUUUGAAGGCAAAUCAUGGAUUGCGAAGUAAGAAUCGCAAUGUGAUAUGCUCGGCUGCUGAUCGAUGGAGUUUUGAUAAUGAUGCGAAACGGAAAAGAAAAGUAGUUGAACACGUGAGUCUGAUCAAAGGAAAGGAGGACUUAUCUGAAGUACAAGAGAAAGAUAUGCUGGACUACCUUUAUACAACCCAAUAUCAAAUGGGUGGCAUUGUUUCCAUCUCAUUAGGACGCGUCUCUGGUGGGAAUGAUGAUAAAUAUAGCCACGGUAUCUACAUGCGCUUUCAAACAAAGAAGGAUCUAUUGAAAUUUUAUGAGAAUCAAUUCUAUGUGGGUGUCCUUAGGGACCAUGUUGUGCCUUACUGCCAUGAGAUUAUCAAUGCCGACUUUGAGUCCGAAGUAGAAGAUGACAUGCUGUCAAUAUUUCGAAAAGGGGAGGAGUUCAACUAUGGUGUGGAGCUUGUACUUCUCAUAGCAUUUGGUAAGAGUUCUUUGGAUGGUCCUGCCGAAGAUGCUUUGCUCGCUCUGUCAAAGCUGACAAUGGAUUUCCCAUCCUUGAUUGUUCAGGCUACUAUCGGUUCAAAUUUUAACAUUUCCAGUGCGGAAUAUACUCAUGGUGUAGUAAUACGGUUUCUCUCUACGGAGGCCUUCCAGAUGUUCAUGAACAGUUCAGAAUAUAAUAAUAUGUGGAGAUCUAAGUUUCGGCCAAUUGUCCAAAAACAUCUUUCUGUUCAUUUUUCGAUUGAUCCAGUGGGCACAGAGCUUAUGUAGCAAAACUUUCACCCCAUUGCUGGUUCACUUGAGCUCCUUUGACCUGAGUUACAUAUAAAGCAUUUAAACAUCUUAUUUUUUAUAUUGACCAACCGCGGUGGCUUUGAGAUGCCUCUUCCGGACAAUCAGCAGACAUAAUUCUCACAGGAUAGGGAAAAAGUUAAUCUUUCGAUUGCCUCAUAUCAAGAUUGUCAUCCGGAAUUCACCUCGAAAUACUUCAAAAUGAAAUGUUGGACUGCUUGGAGAACUUACUAAUUGAAUCUUCCUAUGUGGAUGUACAAAUUACUAUAGACUAUAGUACACCCUUGUUUAUUUUUUCUAAUUUGUAUAAUAAUAUAUCCGAUGGAUCGAAAAGCUAACUGGCUUCUCCACCAGUAAGGCUAUUCUUGCUUAAAAAUU